UCUCUCUUUCUCUCACUCAUCACAAUUCGAAGAAUCCAAUCAGGUUUGUAGUUCUUUGCUUUCCAUCGAAUCGAUGCCCUUGAGGACCAAAACUAACUCAUCUUCUUGUCUGCAGAGUCUUCAAACACUCGACCCCAAACUUGACCUACAUUCCCUCACCGCAACACCCAUCCGUACAAACAACAUGUCUGCACCAGCCUCCAAGUUCAAGGUCGCAGACCUUAGUCUUGCUGCUUUCGGCCGCAAGGAGAUCGACCUCGCCGAGAAUGAGAUGCCUGGUUUGAUGGCUACCCGUGAGAAGUACAAUGCCGAUCAACCAUUGAAGGGUGCCCGCAUUGCUGGAUGUCUGCAUAUGACCAUCCAGACUGCUGUCUUGAUCGAAACUCUUACUGCCCUUGGAGCUGAAGUCACAUGGUCAUCCUGCAACAUCUUCUCUACCCAGGACCACGCUGCUGCUGCCAUCGCCGCCGCUGGUGUCCCGGUCUUCGCCUGGAAGGGAGAGACCGAGGAGGAAUACGAGUGGUGCUUGGAGCAGCAACUUGUUGCAUUCAAGGAUGGCAAGUCAUUGAACUUGAUUCUCGAUGACGGUGGAGAUCUUACUGCUCUCGUCCAUAAGAAGUAUCCCGAGAUGCUGAAGGGCUGCUACGGUGUUUCCGAGGAGACCACCACCGGUGUUCACCACUUGUACAAGAUGUUGAAGAACAACACUCUCCUUGUCCCAGCCGUCAACGUCAACGACUCUGUCACAAAGUCCAAGUUUGACAACUUGUAUGGUUGCCGUGAGUCAUUGAUUGAUGGUAUCAAGCGUGCCACCGAUGUCAUGAUUGCUGGCAAGAUCGCUGUUGUUGCUGGUUUCGGUGAUGUCGGAAAGGGAUGCGCCAUGGCUCUUCACGGAAUGGGAGCUCGUGUCCUUGUUACUGAGGUCGAUCCUAUCAACGCACUCCAAGCUGCCGUUUCUGGUUACCAAGUUAUUACGAUGGAGAAGGCUGCAAGCGUUGGACAGAUUUUCGUUACCACUACGGGAUGCCGAGACAUCUUGGUUGGUGAGCACUUCGAGAAGAUGCCCAAUGACGCCAUCGUCUGCAACAUUGGUCACUUCGAUAUCGAAAUUGACGUUGCUUGGUUGAAGAAGAACGCUGCUAGCGUCCAGAAUAUCAAGCCCCAAGUCGACCGUUACCUCAUGAAAAACGGCCGCCACAUCAUCCUUCUCGCCGAGGGACGUCUCGUCAACCUGGGAUGUGCCACUGGCCAUUCAUCUUUCGUCAUGUCCUGUUCUUUCACCAACCAAGUUCUCGCCCAAAUCUUGCUAUUCAAGUCUGAGGAUGAGGCUUUCGGAAAGAAGUAUGUUGAGUUCGGCAAGACUCAAAAGCUCGCCGUUGGUGUAUACGUCUUGCCAAAGAUCUUGGACGAGACUGUUGCUAAGCUACACUUGGAUCAUGUCAACGCUGAGCUCUCCAGGUUGACCCCAGUCCAAGCUGAGUACCUUGGUCUCGAGGUCGAGGGACCAUACAAGCCUGAGUUGUACCGUUAUUAGACUUCUUUCUAUUUUGGCUUAUAGGUUUUUUUUUUGUGUAAGGCGAUACUGGGACGAAACCUUCAACACGACUAAUGAUGGUAUGAUCUGGGGAAAAACAUUUGUCCUUCAACGGCAUUUACAAGGUCUCUUUGGGAAAAGUUUCAACAAUGGGUUUUUUUCAGCAUGGCGUUACUUGGCUCUUCAACCACGGUCAAGUAGAAAGUCGGUCUUUUGCUUAGACUUGAAAGACAUACAUCUUUCUCUUGAAAUGCAGACGCUGAUCGAUCGGCAUGAAAGUACACA